CUCGCAGUCGGGCGGCGGCGAGCGGGGGCGACACACCGCAGCGAGUACUGGUGAUUAACGACCACGUGAUCCACUGGCGAAGUACCCAAGGCUCUCCCCGCUUGACCAUCUAGACCAGAAGAUCUGUAUACGAGUCUGCUUGCGAAACUCUACUUGCAGUUCGACUCUAAGGAAAUGCUUGCCUUGAUCAUAACGACGUAAUUAAGUGCAAUUAAUGAUCAUUAAUUCAAGUGUAGAUCUAGAGAUCUUUACAUCGUCGAUUGUGAAGAUUGCAGAAUAUACAAGUCAGCAGAAACAGGCAACUGCUAAACAAGGGCUCCGACAGGAUGAAGCGCUGUCUCGGGUACAUCCUCAUGACGGCCAUGGCGUGUGCUAUGAUGACGUACUACUUCAUGAAUCCACAAAUAUCCAGUUAUUCCUUCCGAUUGAAUAUCAUAUCAGAGCCCUCAGUUAAUCAAGACAUCCCUUGGUGGCGGGAGGUCUUGUGUAAAGGAACAGACCAACAAGGUGCUCGGAUGCUAGAAUUGCCUUGGCUGCAGAGAGACGUGGAGCCUCCUGAGAGUGACAGCAAUAUCUUCCUCGUCGAAACAGCGUGUAAAACGACGCCUUCCUUCCGCGUUUGGUGCGCCAUUGAAAGUUGGAGUAGACCCCUUACUUCUCAGGUCUGGUACGUGAUGACGUCCCUGACAGUCAAUGACACGGACGGCCUCGUGUCACGCCUCAAGGAGCAGUAUAGCAACCUGCGAGUCGUCGGCGCGGAUGUCGAGAAGAUCUUCGAAGGCACCGGCCUGCACGACCUCUUCUCGUCCAGGAAGUGGAUCAUGAAAGCAAAAUGGCCAGCAGUGAAACUGAGUGACCUUAUACGCGUGGCCAUCUUGUGGCGUUGGGGCGGCUUCUACACGGACACGGACACGGUCUGCAUCAAGGACGUGUCCCCGCUGCGCAACAUCAUAAGUUUUAGCAACAAUAAACGGAAUCAUAUCAGCAAUGGGGCUUUCCAGUUCAAGCAUCACCAUAAGUUCCUUGAGCUUUUGAUGGAAGUGCAAACGAAGAGGUUUAAGUUCCUGGCCACUAUCAGCAGACGGCGUGUAAUAUCCUUUGUUGUCAUUUUACCUGCCAAGAACCCUCAACAGCCAGCGUCCUGGGCUUCGCUCGGCCCCGAAGCCGUGAGCACCGUCGCCAAGAAGCUGUGCAAUAUCACGGACUGGAGUAAUUUACCCGGAAGCAAAGGCGACCCCGUAGAGUGUGGGGACUUGACCCUCCUGCCGCCGAAGUACCUCCUGCCCCUGGACUGGACGCAGAACAAGAGGCUCUUCGCAAAGGGGUCGGGAGAAUACUUCUUUUCGAAAUUCAACUCCACCUACGUGAUCCACUUGUUCAGCGCCUUGACCCGCAACAAGAAACUCCACAUCGGCGAGAACAGCAUCUACGAAGUCGCAGCGAAGACGUUUUGUCCGGUGACCUUCAAGCACGCGACAGCCGACUCCGAUUCCUUCUGAUGACUUACCGAGAUUUAGAUGUUUUCACAAUAUAUUUUUGUAAAGAAAUGGGUGGAACGGGUUUCGCCGAAGCUACCCGUUGUGUGGUCACUUUAUUUCAGUGAUCUUUUGUGUGAGAACUUUAUUCAUGGCAUGACAUCAUGAGAAAGGGUGACGAAGCAACGCUCCGCUUCUUCUGGUGGAUUCGACUGCUGUCAAAUUCGUGGCCGAAAAAGGGCAGCACCAGCGUGUCCCAGAAGGGCCAGGAGACUCCGCCAGGAACCGACGAGCCGCCCCGGGCGUCACGCCGAGUAGAGGCGGCGCCCACGAAGCCACGGAAGUCGGCGCGAGUUGAGAUGUCCUUCAGGAGAGACCCGCCCCCGGGAGACCGCAGGCACAUCAGAAGAUUAAGAAGAGGAACGAACGCAGGCAGGUCUCGUAGAAAAGGUCUGAGGAAGUAGCAGACGUCGUCGAAGUGGCAGCUCGCGUGGAGCUGAAUGGAGUGCUUUGGAGAGGUGGCUCUGAGAGAUGUCACUGCGGCCGCCGGGGGAAGAGUGUUUCUUAUAGGGAACGUUGCAGAAAACAGAAAACAGGAUCAUCUUACAUCUGGCGACACCCACCCUUCAAAAUUCAUAUUGUUCUACGAUUAAAUACCGGUGCAACUGCACUAUUGUCUUCCUCAUUAUUUUUUUUAAAUAGAAUUAAUAAAAUUAAGGAAAAAUAGUGACAUGUACAGUUAGUGUAAACAAAUAUAUAUAUAGAUAUAUAUUUAUAUAUGGUAUAAUUUGAUAAUGUUGCCAGACAGACAUACGGGCGGCCUGAUUAAGUUAACGCAGCGAAAGUGUAAAAUAAUAAAAUUUGAAAUUCUA